AUGAGUUGGGAUCAACCUGUUCACAGCUUCAGCUAUCCCCAUGGCGAACCGCAGACCCCCACGAGAACGCCCAUGACGGCCGCCUUGGACGCCUUCACCACCCCCAAACUCGAGUCGAGUUUCUUCGACCCCCGAGUCACCUGGGAUACCGCAGACCCCUACGCUUCGAGCCCCGACUUUCUUCGCUCUCCACACAAGUUCGGCAUCUCAGACCCCAAUGUCGUGGCGGCAGAACUCUUGACGGCCACAAGGGGGAGGAGAGAGCUGGCCAAGACAGAUACCGUGAGGAAGGCUCGCCAACACAAGCAAGGCGCCGUCGUCGGGGAGGAGGGACCAAGGACGGUGGACUCGGCCAAGUCGGCCUCGUCCAUGCAAACGCCUCCACCGAGUAGUGCCUCGAGGCGAAAGAUCCCGGAGUUUGAACCAACAGGGAGCGUCGGCAAAGGGGCGACGUCGCAGGUCAACAAUCACUUGGAAACCCCGAGCAGGCUUCUCGGCAUGUCCCCGCGACUGUUCGGCAACUUGCAGGCCUCGCCGGAUCUGUUUCAACUUGCGUCCAUGGAAGCUGCAAGAUCGCCGUUCCUGCCCCAGGAGCGUCUAUUCUGGGAUUCGGAGCUCGAAACAGCUCCGCAUGGCCUGCCCACGGGCGGCCCGGUGACGCAACACAGCCGCACCGAACGAGAGUCCACUCGGUCGACCACCCAUGCCGUGAUCCCUCAGUUGCCGGCGAUUGAUGGCUACAUGGAUCUCCCAGACUUCACCACCCAGGGAAUGGGGAUUCUAUGCAGCGGUCUUUCCAGCCCCCUUCUCCACCUCCCCCGAAUUCCCAUCACGAAGGCCGAGGAUCCAGCCAUGUUCCUCAGCUCGCCCGCUCGACGGUUUGGAGGGCCACAUAUGACUCCUGACCGGCGGGCGCUCCCAAGACAGCCAUAUCACCACCAGGUGGAAGAAUCCAAGCGAGAGGAGCUCCGUCGGGCCCUGAGCUCAGGUGGACACCGGCCGAGCUCGUUCUCCAGUCUCUCGGAGGAGGAGGAGGAGGAUGAUGAUGAUGAUGACUACACUCCUCGUGGCCGCCCAGGGCUCACCCGCAGCGUCACCCAUUCUGCAAUUGCCAGCUCCACGCAGCAGCGCCCAUCGAGUCGAUCCAGCGGGUUCAUGGCCUCCACUAGUGGGAUCCGCAAAAGUCCGUCUAAGGGCCGUAUCUCCCCCGUCAAGACGAUGAGACCCGCGCCGCUGGGUCGUUCGUGUUCCAUGGCCGCCCGCAUGCCGACUCGAUCUCAGUCCGUGGUGCUGAAGAUUGGGAAGGAUGGCCGAGCCAAGACUGAGAUGCAGCCCGUAGACGAGGCUCCGACGGGACUGACCGAUCCCCUGACAGGCAUGGACCUGGAAGAAUCAGUCACGGAGAGCGACGUUGAUCCCGCCGAGUACUCGGAAUAUCCGGUUCUGAGUCGGCCUUCGUCCUUCUCACUUGGUCUCCUGGACGGUGGUCGAUCCUAUAUGUCCCAGAGUGACACGAGCUCGCGGCCCCCGUCUAAGGGAUCAUAUUCGUCAACAGUGGGCUCGUCCCAGUCUGGGCGGGCUUCGCCUUGGGCGAGUUCGUCGCGAGCGGUCUCUACUCGGUCCACCUAUCGAGGAUCGCCCGAGGCCGUGAAACGGACACCGAGCAAACGGGGGUCCUCAUUGCUGUUCUCUGAUGCCUCCUACACCCGGGGUAGCACCGCAUCCCAAACGCUACCGGGCGAGGACGAGGAUGAUGGGGACGCGACGCAUGCCCUUCGACAAGUCCUCCGUGAGCGUGGACGUGCGCCACGCCCAUCCUUGAACGCGAGCUUCGGUGCUCGUCUGCCGCGCGCCAACACGUUCACCCACCUCCGCUCCUCGCCACCCCGCCUCCAUAGUGACUUUGACGUCCACCCUACCCACCUCGCAAAUCAUUCCCCUACCACUCUUUCCGAUCCCGACCUGACCACCCCUAUUACCGACCGUCACUGCCACAGCAACCCAAGCAAUGGAACUCGGUGUGUCUGCAACUCUAUGGACAAUGGCGGUCACUUGAUGAUUCAAUGCGAAUCGUGCACGCACUGGCUCCAUACAAAGUGUGUUGGACUCGAACGGUCCAAUCUGCCGUCUUUCUAUGUGUGCAUUUUCUGCUCUCACACCCCUUCACGAGUGCAGUCAGGGUAUGCUCCCGGUGGCGGUCCUCCCCCGUCUCCCUUGGCACACAAAUCGUUUCGUACUCGAUAA